CCCAUAAAGGCGGGUGGCUGUUGGUUGUUUCGGGAGGGGAGUGUGUUAAAGGUUUAUUAUUUUAUUUUUUUCGCCGGGCAGGUAUGUUUUGUGCACCGAGUCGUGUGACUAAUCCAGCCGAAUAAAUGCAGGGAGAUUCAUUCGCAGGUCUCCACUGAGGUGUCUGAAUUUUGGAAUUGACAGCUUUGAUGCAGCACAGUGUUGAAGACAGUCCAAGAUGACGGAAGAGGUGAUUGUCAUUGCCAAGUUUGAUUAUAUGGCCCAGCAGGACCAGGAGCUGGACAUUAAGAAGAACGAGCGUCUCUGGCUCCUGGACGACUCCAAGUCCUGGUGGAGGGUCCGCAACGCUACUAACAAGACGGGCUUUGUACCGUCGAACUACGUAGAGAGGAAAAACAGCGCCAGAAAGGCCUCCAUCGUCAAGAACCUCAAAGACACUCUAGGGAUUGGGAAGGUGAAGCGGAAAACAGGGAUGAGGGAAACGGCAUCAAGUGCAGAGGCGGAAUUUUACGCAGACAACGGCGAGCGGCUGUAUGACUUAAACCUCCCUGCGCUGGUGAAGUUCAACUACACAGCCGAGCGGGAGGAUGAGCUCUCCCUCGUUAAGGGCACCAGGGUCAUCGUCAUGGAGAAGUGCAGCGACGGCUGGUGGAGAGGCAGCUACAGUGGCCACUCGGGCUGGUUCCCCUCCAACUACGUGACGGAGGAUGCCGAUGGCUCGGCCAGCGGAGACAUGGGCUUGUCUGAAAAGCUUGCUGCCGUGGUUCACAGUGCCAAUGGGAACAGGGUUCUGCACACGGUCCAGGCGCUCUAUCCCUUCAGCUCGGUUAACGACGAGGAGCUGAACUUCGAGAAGGGCGAGGUGAUGGAUGUUCUGGAGAAGCCCGAAAACGACCCGGAGUGGUGGAAAUGCCGUAAAGCUGACGGGCAGGUUGGCCUAGUGCCCAAGAACUACGUGACCGUGCUGCAAGAGUCGCAAAAUUCUGCCAACAUGGCUGGACCACCCACGCCUGACUGUGAUUACAUUGAGCCCUCGAUGAGUGGACGCUUUGCCGGCAAGGAGUGGUACUACGGCAAAGUGACCCGCCACCAGGCGGAGGUGGCCCUCAACCAGAGAGGCACGGAGGGAGACUUCCUCAUCAGAGACAGUGAGUCCUCGCCCAACGACUUCUCCAUAUCGCUGAAGGCCCAGACCAAAAACAAGCAUUUCAAAGUGCAGUUGAAGGACAACUUGUAUUGCAUCGGACAGCGCAAGUUCGGCUCCAUGGAGGAGCUGGUGGAACACUACAAAAAGGCGCCCAUCUUCACCAGUGAGCAGGGCGACAAACUUUACCUGAUCAAGGCCCUGCCCGCCUCCUGAUCCGGACUGUGGCCCGGACCGGAAAUCUAGAACCACAUGGCAGGACUGAGAGACUUGGAAAAUAAAGCAUUCCGACAGCAGAGAGAGAGAGAGAGAGAAGGGGAGAAAUGGUCUCUGGACUCCCAUACUCAUGCUCUGAAGUGGUUUCAUGGGCAGACACUUCCAUAUAUCAAAAUACAGUUAUGUAUAGGGCAUAGGUGAUGUAUUUUGAUGUCAACAUGUAUUAGAAUUACACCUAGGUGUUCUUUUGUUGGUAUAUAUCCUUUUUUUUUUUUUUUUUUUUUUUUUAAAGUUUCUUUUAGUAAUUGUGUCUUUUGAUUUCCGACUACCGAGCAGCCAUUUGAUUCAGCAACUUGAUCGUGUUGCUGAAUUCCAGAAAACUGAGAACAUGCCUGUUGCCUGUGUUUUAAUCACGACGCUUGAAUAACACAACGUAGUGAGAUUAUUUAACUUGAUAUAUUUAUAGGGAUUCAGCGUUUCUGCUAAAAAAAAAAAAAUAAAUAAAUAAAAGUGGGUGACCAAAGCUUGUUACUCAGAGUGAUGGCUGGCUGUAUCAAUCUGGCUUAGGGCUGAAUGUUUACAGAUCACGUCAGCCGUUUUGCUAUUGCCGAGCAGCUUAGCAGGAUGUAUUGGCUGCAUGCUUCCUGCUCACAUCAUGUUAUACUGAGGGCGCUUUAUAUUCAAAACGUUGGUUCCCUGUACAGUGAUUGCUUGUUUCUGCAUCAGGGUAGCCUUGUGGAAGCAUUAGGAUUGGCACCCAGGUCACUGGCUGAUCAUAACUGAAUCCUAAACCGCUUAUUUUCUUAUUUUGAACAGUGAAGCUGAUUCAGUGUCCGCAGCUUUGACAUUAACACUGUUGCUGAAUUUCUCUAGAGUGUUGUGGAGCUACCUUAGUGGAUUCAAAGGUCCUUUUCACAGUAAUCUGCCAGGGCAUAUGAGAAUGAGAAUCGUUUUGGUCUUAUCCAGAAGGUCUGUCUGUGUCUCUGAGUUGGUGAAACAGGUGUUUGUUUGUACUGUAACUGUUAUCAGUGGUGGUAUAUUGCUUCAAAGCUUCACCAGGUGUUUCGUACAAGUCACUGCAUUGUGCCCCCCUCCCUCACCCCACCAAAAAAAGGCUGCAUGCUAAACAGGGUCAGAACAGGGGUUCUGUGGUGUCAUUUGGAAGCUGAUGUGGUGGAGCAGUUGCAAGAGUCAGUGUUCAGUGUUCAGAAUCAUAUUGGAAAUGCGGGCAAAAGGAAGGAACCCAGGUGGAACGGCUGAUUGCGAUACGUGGCAGUGGCACUGGUUGCUGUUUGUUUGUUUCGUUUUUCUUUUCAGUGGGUCAAAAAACUGCUCAAGGAUGUUGAGAUGUUCCAGCGAGGAGCUGAAGCCAAUAUGUAAAACGUCAGCAAAUAAGAGGAUGUUUGCGAAGGGGAAGGUGGACGGAGUGGUCCAAGCUAACAGCCUGGGGAAGAUCGCCCCUCGCAGAUUGCUUCCCCAGCUGUGGGGAGUUGGACUGGGACGAGAGUGAGGAAUGGGGAUUUUCAGGGAGCGUAUGGAAAAUGUGCUCACACACACACAUAGACAUGCAGAAUUGUGAGUCAAGGGUGACUAUGAGGUUUACAGUGAAAUCCAAUCUGGAAUAUCUAUCAAAAAAGGGGACAUGAGGCUCUAAGAGGGGGAAGAAGCAGAUAGUGUACAAGUGAAUAGUGUGGAUUAAUUUGGUGGCCGUUUUUGACUUUGUGUUCUGGCCAGACUCUGUUAAAAAAAAAAAUACAGAAAAAAUGUAAAGUGCCUUUGUUGCUGCUGCUCCUACCAAAGGUUUAGCAUAGUAUUGUCUAACCUCUGUCCUGGCUAACCACACACCUCUUUUGUUAUUUGAGUACUGCUUUGCAUGUGCGUAAUCUGUCUCCGAUGUGAAUUUAUUAUUAUUAUUUUUUUUGCUCUGGAGAGGGACGAUGUACAGCUCCUGCCUGCUUCCCUAUGGAAAUUGAUCUUCCUGUUAAGCCCGUUGUUGAUUUACGUUGAUUCGCAGUGUCGAUAUGUGUCUGAAAAUUUGACUCAGUUGUUCAUUUGUAUAGCCUAGUAUGAAGUGACCUUACUAUACAGCUGUAUCACUCACUGCGGUUAGCUGUUGUUCUGUGGUGGAUUUGCCUGUAUUUAGGACACUCUGACUGUACAGUUUGUAGUUUAGGCCACCCAAGGUUUCAUUUCUUAAAAGGGGCUUGUUAGUCCUGUAUUCUAGGUCAUAUUUUUUAGUUUUGAAUGAGCUGCUUUGCUGUUUAUUCCAUUUAUUGGGACCUUAUGAACUUGGUUCUUAAAGGGGAAUUCCACUGAUUGAUUAUACAUUUACAUACAAUUUAAAGGGGUACAGGUAUUUUCAAAUUAUGU